UCUCGUGUUUCGCUUCCUCAAAGUUUCCACGAGAUCGAUCUUUUUCCUCUCUCCGUUUUCUAUGCUUAUAAAAGAGGAUGGGACGACGAAGGAAGUAGUUGCACCAGACUUCUGAGCUUUCCGCCGCCAUCGGCACUACCACCAGCGCCAGCGGAGGAAAUGGAGGCCUACGCUGCUCCCGUGCCUUCCAGCGACUUCAAGCAAGCAGGAGCCGUGCCGUUCAAGUGGGAAAUCCGGCCGGGAAUCCCGAGAUCGACGUCUACCUCCUCCUCAGCGCCGCCGUCGCCAGCCCCCGAUCAACACCACCUCCGCCCGCCUCCUCCAGGAUCCUCCACCAUCUUCUCCAGCUUCUCCGGCGCCCUCACUCCCCCGUCCUCUGCGUCGCACCGCUAUCGCAGCUCGAGAUCUCUAAGAAUCACCAGCUUCUCGCCUUCCCCGUCGUACCGCUCUCUUUCCUCCAUUUCUUCAUCGUCUUCCUCUUCCAUCCGCCGCCGUACACAAAGCAAUCCGAUCUCGCUAGGCUGCUUCCUCUUCCGCAGCCUGCGGCGAAGGGUUCGAGGCCGCGGCGCCGGCAGAAGCAGCAGCGGGAGCAGCAGCAGCAGCGGAAGCAGCAGCACUGCCGCCGUCAGGAACCGGCCGUUCGAUACCGUCUCCGAGGUGGGGACGCCGGUGCGGGCGUGUUCGUCGCCUCCGUCUCCGCUGUCGGGAGCCGAAGAGUCGCCGCUGCAGGUGGGACGAUCGCUGUCGAGCGCAGGCGAAUCGCCUCGCUUCGCCCGCGUUUCCCCUCGGGCGUUCUCCUCGUUCAGGGAAUCGCCGGUGGCCUCCUACGAUCCUUGCUACCAUAAUCCCCUGCAGCCGUCCGCCUCCUUCCAGAACGACCUCGAGUGGGCUACUUAUGGCCUCUUCUGAGUUCUGAGCCACGGGAGGCCGCCGGCCAGUUCCGACGCUGCCCAAGUCGGCUCCUUAGUCGCAGCUGCAGCAGAUGUAUACUCGCGUUCUUAAAGGACGAUAUUUUACCCAUUUUAUCGCAAUUUUCAGAACUUCCUUGUUAGAUGUAUAUAUUUCUUUCCCGGCGAGAUUUGUGAAUAUGCUUGGGUUUCCGAGGAUGAGGAAUUCCCGUUUUCUUUGUUGAGAUAAUUGGUGUUUGGUGCGUUUGAUAGUUAAAUGGAAUUACAAAA